CGGGAGUGAGGCGCAAGUGCAAUUGUCCGCGCGUCGCUGCGAUGGCGGCGGCGCCGAGCACAGUCACACCGCUGGCGGCAGAGUCUUCCCCUCAGGAAGCUACCGUCUCUGCCGCCUCCUCCUCCUCCUCCACCGCCUGCGCGGCGGCGGCGGUGGCGGCGGCAGUGAUUGUGCCUGCCUCCUCCGCCACCUCCACCCCUGCCAGCCCGCCUGCCGGUGGCUGUGGCGACGGCGGCGGCGGCUUUGGCGGCUCCACUAUGGCGGCGGCGGGGAGGGGGGGCAGUAGUUUUAAAGUAGACACCCGCCCUUGCCUCAGAGAAGAUAUGAUUUGGAAUGAACAGGAAAAGACUGAACUUUAUACAGAUAACUUUUGUAAUAUAUGUGGAGUGGUGCUACAGUUUGAAUCACAAAGGAUUUCACAUUAUGAGAGUGAAAAACAUGCUCAAAAUGUUAGGUUUUAUUUUCAAAUGCAUGGGGAACAAAAUGAAGUGCCUGGUAAGAAAAUGAAGAUGGAUGUUAGGAAUUUUCAGGUCCACAGAAAUGAAGUAGCAGACAGAAAUAAAUUUUGUGAUCUCUGCAACAUGAUAUUUAGCUCCCCAAUUGUUGCUCAGUCUCACUAUGUGGGAAAAGUCCAUGCUAAAAAACUGAAGCAAUUAAUGGAGGAGCAUGAUCAGGCAUCUCCAUCAGGAUUUCAGCCAGAAAUGGCAGGUGUGCCUCUUACUACUUCUGCAGAAUCAACUUUUCUGAAGCCCCUUGCUGUCAAGCCUCCUCCAGGUGGGAUUAAAGAAACUAUGCCUUCCUCUUCCAGCAGUGCUUUGGAUUUGAAUAAUCCAAACAAGUAUUGCAAGCUCUGUCCUGCUUCCUUUAAUAGUCCAUUAAUGGCCCAACAGCAUUAUGUUGGGAAAAAACACAAAAGAAAUGAAGCUAGAAAGAAGUUUGUAGACAACAUAAGAGAGAAACCUCUUCCAGCAAAAUCAGAUGCAAAUGCAUUUAGUAUGAGAACCUACGUUUGUCAUAUUUGUAAUAUCACCUUUACAUCUUUAGAAAUGUUCCGGUCCCAUAAGCAAGGAAGCGAACACCAAAUUAAAGAAUCCAUUGUUACCAAUCUAGAGAAUUCAAAGACACAAGACUCUUCCCAAGAUGAAUGUGCAGAUUACAUCCAAGUGCAGAAAUCCAGAGGACUGGAAUUCAAGACUUUCAGAAAGAUGGAAGGGGGUUCUUUGGAAACCCGUGGGUACAGGGAAGUAUUUGAUUCCAGAUCCAGACAUAGAAUGUUUGAACAAAGACUCCCAUGUGAGUCUUUCCGCACAUACCCAGGAUCAUACAGUAUUUCACAAACAGGAGAAAACCAGUUACCUCAUUGUUCACCAGCUCAUUCAAAGAAGACCUAUGACUCUUUCCAAGAUGCUGAAGAUUACAUCAGAGUGCAGAAAGCCAGAGGACUAGAUCCAAAGAUUUGUUUCAGAAAGAAAAGAGAGAACUCUGUGGAAACCCGUAGGUACAGAGAAGUUGAUUCUGGACCCAGACAAAGAAUGUUUGAGCCAAGAUUUUCACUUGAGACUUCCCAGACCUACCAACAACCAUAUAAUAUUUCACCAGUAGAAAGCCAAUUACAUCACCGGUUACCAGCUCAUUCAAAGAGGACUUAAUCUUUCCAAGAUGAACUUGAAGAUUACAUCAAAGUGCAGAAAGCCAGAGGAUUAGAGCCAAAGACUUGUUUUAGAAAGAUUAGUGAUAGCUCUACAGAAACCCAUAAGUUCAAAGAAAUGGUUGAUUCCAGACCCAAACAUAGAAUGUUUGAGCAAAAACUCCCAUUUGAGGCUUCCCAGACCUAUACAGGAUCAUACAGUAUUUCACAAGCAGUAGAAAACCAGUUACUUCAUUGCUUACCAACUAAUGACAGCAAACAGAGACUAGACUCCAUGACCUCUUGUCAGCCCAUCAGAGACUAUUUCUCAGAAAAACCAGUACCCCUUAGCCUUAGUCAGCAAGAAAAUAACUCUGGCCCAUACAGUGUAGAAUCUGAAGUUUACAAGCACCUCUCUUCAGAAAACAGUACCAGUGACCAUCAAGCAGGUCAUAAACGGAGACAUCAGAAGAGAAGAAGGCACCUGGAGGAAGGCGAAGAAAGGCCAGAGAAAGAGCAGUCCAAGCAUAAAAGGAAAAAGAGUUGUGAGGAUACUGAUCUAGACAAGGACAAGAGCAUCCGACAAAGGAAAAGAGAGGGAGAUAAAGUCAGUGUCAGUUCAGGAAAGCUUAAACAUCGAAAAAAGAAAAAAAGCCAUGGUGUACCUACUGAGAAAGAAGAACGUAAGCACAAGAAAGAGAAAAAGAAAUCUGUUGAAGAAAAGACAGAAGAGGAAAUGCUUUGGGAUGAAUCUAUUCUUGGAUUUUGAGCUUUAGUUUUGUUUACCCAAAGAUGAAUUGAAGAAAUAUUUAAGAAUAUGGAUUUAGACAAACAGGAACAUCUAGUAAAGAGAAGGAGUAGUGGAUACAGUCAGUGUCAGUUAGGAAAGCUUAGGUUUUGUGUGUGUAAAUUGGAAUUGAAUUGAAAGAAGAAACAAGCUUAAACCUACCCUCUGAGAAAGAACAUAAGAAAAACAUAAAAAACACAACAAGAACAAGAGAAAAGGAAACCUGUUGAAGAAAAGACCAGAGUCAAUGUUUUUGGAGGAGUCUGUUUUAGCAAUUUGAACAUUUAUUUGCCUAAGGAUGAAUUGAAGGAAUCAGUUUAGAAAAUGGAUUUAGACAAAAAACAAAAACAUCCAAAGAAGAAGAGAAGAGGUGAAUAUGGUCAUUGUCAAUUCAGGAAAGCUUAGUUUGGGGGCAGGGUGUAAAAACUGAAAAUGAAUUGAAAGAAGAAACAAGCAUAAACCUAGCCUCUGAGAAAGAACAACAUACCAACACAAGAAUAGAAAAGAAAAGGAUACCUGUUGAAGAAAGAUAGUGCUUUGGGAUGAGUCUACUCUUGGAUUUGAACUGUUUUUAGUUUUUUCCCUUAAGGUUGAGUUGAAGAAAUAAGUUGAAGAGCUUGGUUUCAUGAAAUUGUUAUUUGAAUUUUCUUAAGUGAACAGUUAACUUUAACCUCUAACAAAAGCCAAGUGAAGUAAAAGUAUUCAAUAUGCCUUGUCCUCAAGUUACUUUUCCUCAUUUCUUAAAAGAAAAAUUACGUUUUCUUACAUAUAAUGUAUUUUUGUUUAAUGAGGUUGUCCCUACUUCUGUUCAUCAAAUUGCUGUGGUGGUGAAUUAUUUACCCAUGGGAGAUCAUUUAUUUUAAAUGAGAGAACUACCAGGCAUUACAGAAUCCAUUCCUUGUUUAGGUUUGUGUUAGUGUUGUUGAUAUUUAUUGUUGUUGUUGUGUGUUUAUUUGUUUCUUGGUUUUCUUCAAGAAAAAUGUAUGAAGCGACUUAGACCGAUUUUUUUUGUUGUUAAAUCUAAUUUGCAGUGUAUUUUUGUAUUUUCUAAAUCUGGAAGUGAAAAUGGAAGUCUAUAGUAAGUUUAGAUGAUAUAUAGUUUUAAAAAGCUCUCAAAAAGUACUGAUACAAAAUCAGUCUAUAUUCUGCAAAAGUUUAUAUUAUAAUAAAGUGU